CUAGUGACGGAGAGUCCGCGCGUCCUGUGGAACGUUUAGAGGGCGGGGUCUGAUGACGUCACCGGGAUAACCAGCUCUGAUUGGACAAGGAUUCCCCACCUCCCUGUUCCAUACGUUCAGGUGACCUCGUCUUGUCAUGGCCGCUCUCCUUCGUAGACUCGCCGGAGACUGCCGGCGGGGGUGGCCGGUACUGGCCCGGAGCUCCCGGGGGUGUUCGAGCGGGGGAGUGUCGGUGGACGACACGGUGAACGGGCUGAACGAUGAGCAGAAACAGCUCCGUCAUACAAUGUACCGGUUCCUUCAGGACCAUCUGGCCCCUAAAGCCCAAGAAAUAGACCAGGAGAACGAGUUCAGAGACAUGAGGAACUUUUGGAAGAAGCUCGGAGAUCUCGGGGUCCUUGGCAUCACAGCUCCCGUGGAGUACGGGGGCUCAGGCUUGGGAUACCUAGAGCACGUCCUGGUGAUGGAGGAGAUCUCCCGGGCGUCGGCGGCCGUGGGCCUCAGCUAUGGCGCUCACUCCAAUCUCUGUGUCAACCAGCUGGUGAGGAACGGAAACGAAGCCCAAAAAGAGAAGUAUCUUCCUAAGCUGAUCAGCGGCGAACACAUUGGAGCUCUAGCCAUGAGUGAACCGAAUUCGGGAUCUGACGUGGUCUCCAUGAGGCUGAAAGCAGAGAAGAAAGGUGACUACUACGUCCUGAAUGGCAAUAAGUUUUGGAUCACCAACGGGCCGGAUGCCGACGUGGUUAUUGUUUAUGCAAAGACCGACUCCAAGGUCAAGCCGGCGGCCCACGGGAUCACGGCCUUCAUCGUGGAGAAGGGGACGCCAGGGUUCAGCACCGCGCAGAAACUCGACAAGCUGGGAAUGAGAGGAUCCAACACGUGUGAGCUCGUAUUUGAAGACUGCAAGAUCCCAGAGAAGAACAUGCUGGGGCACAAGGGGAAGGGAGUGUACGUCCUGAUGAGCGGUCUGGACCUGGAGCGGCUGGUGCUCAGCGGGGGCCCACUGGGUAUCAUGCAGUCUGUGCUGGAUCACGCCAUCCCUUAUCUUCACACCAGAGAGGCCUUUGGUCAGAAAAUUGGACAUUUCCAGCUCAUGCAGGGAAAGAUGGCGGAUAUGUACACACGUCUGGCCGCGUGCCGUCAGUACAUCUACAAUGUGGCCAGAGCAUGCGAUAAGGGGCACUGUAACGCUAAGGAUUGUGCUGGGGUCAUCCUGUACUCAGCUGAAUGUGCUACUCAGGUGGCUCUCGAUGGCAUCCAGUGUCUAGGAGGCAAUGGCUAUAUAAAUGAUUACCCGAUGGGCCGCCUCCUUCGUGACGCCAAACUCUACGAGAUCGGGGCCGGAACCAGCGAGGUGCGGAGACUGAUCAUCGGCAGGGCCUUCAAUGCGCUGUACAAGUAACCGGCCGUCCUGGGAUGUGAUGUCGGAGAUCAGGAAUGACCUCAGGACUCCUCUGUAAGCCUUACCCCAAUGUGUGAGCGGCCGCACACUACAACAUGGCGGGAGGACGGAGCGGGGACACAGUACAACAUGGCGGGAGGACGGAGCGGGGACACAGUACAACAUGGUGGGAGGACGGAGCGGGGACACAGUACAACAUGGCGGGAGGACGGAGCGGGGACACAGUACAACAUGGUGGGAGGACGGAGCGGGGACACAGUACAACAUGGCGGGAGGACGGAGCGGCCACGGACACCAUCUAUGUGAAUGUCUUAUGGUGGGGGAUAUAGAACAAUGGAUGCUUUAUUUUUAUCUGCGGCUUUAAUCACUGCCUCAUCCCUAUGGAACCAAUAAUGGAGUCCAUGUGAAUUGUUUGCGCUGGGGACAAGGAAUAAACCAUCUAUCAUUGGGG